UUAGUGCCAAACGGGCUGCAGUGCGCACUGGCAAAUGUUGCGCGCACGUUGUUCCUCCUUGAAGCCGAUGUGGUUUAUAUUGUUUUGGUUGUUUGGAUAUCACAGGAACGAGAAAAAUGUCAGAGGCUAUCACCAAACUUCCCUGGAGGCAGAAACAAUGAGAGGAAUCUAAAAAUCUCCCCCUGCAGAUUGAGAGUGACUUAUGGGGACUGUUAGCCAUGGAUCCAGCAGAUCAAUUAAACACGACUCAAGUGGAAGACUCACAACUUGAACUGAAACCUUCCAAUUGCUGCUCAACUACAGCCGCCAUCAGUGACGAGAACUUUCUAAAGCUGGACGACAGCACAAAGCUGGUUGGAGUCCAAGUUAUUCUCAUCCUUGCUUACAGUAUAAUCAUAUUGUUUGGACUCAUUGGAAACUCCUUAGUCAUAUAUGUUGUCUACAAGUUUAAAAACCUAAGAACGGUCACCAAUUUCUUUAUAGUAAACUUAGCAGUGGCAGACCUGCUGGUGAACACGCUGUGUUUGCCUUUCACCCUCGUCUACACUCUGUAUGGCGAGUGGAAGUUUGGCCAGGUGUUGUGCUUCAUGCUGCCCUGUGCUCAAGGCAUGGCAGUGCACGUGUCCACCAUCACAAUGAACGUCAUCGCCUUGGACCGCCACAGGAGCAUUGUCUACCACAUGGAGACCAAGAUGUCCAAAGACAUGUGCGCUUUGGUCAUUGUCAUCACGUGGGCUGUUAGCGCCCUGUUGGCCAGUCCGCUCGCCAUCUUCAGGGAGUACGGGACGUUUGACCUUUCACCGGACGAGUCUAUUCAGGUGUGUACAGAGAAGUGGCCAGGAAGCAGCAUGAAUGGAAGCAUCUACAGUGUAUCAGCGCUUCUGGUUCAGUAUGGUUUACCUCUGGCCAUUAACUCUGUUGCCUACAUUCGCAUCUGGAAUAAGCUGAAGAAUCACAUGACUUGUGGAGGUCGAAAUGACCGUCAUCAGCGCAGGAAGAAGACCACUAAGAUGCUGCUGGUCAUGGUGGUGGUCUUCGCUGUCAGCUGGUUGCCUUUCUACGCGUUCCAGCUGGCUGUUGACAUCGACAGCACUGUGUUGUAUAUGAAGGACUUUAAGCUGCUUUUCACUGUGUUCCAUAUUCUGGCAAUGUGUUCGACGUUUGUCAACCCCAUCCUCUAUGGGUGGAUGAACAACAACUACAGGACGGCAUUUUUGUCUGUGUGUAAGUGCUACCAGCCUUUCAGUUUUAGGUCAAGACCCUCCAAAGGCAGAGAGGCACAAAAAGAUGAAGACAAGGUUUGUACAGACUGCAAAUCAUCAAAUGUCUAAUUUGCAUAGUCAGUUCACUGACAAUCAUUUGUGGAAAUGUAAAGUUUGUAUUUGGUUGUGUUUAGGACUCUCAAAGUGAUGGAUGAUGAAAAUGACAUAUAGUUUAGAAGAAAUUACUUAAAUGUUUUAAAAAGGGCUUCAACUUUGAAGUAAAUUACCAUUACAGUACUUGCACUGCGACAAGGGUGGGUCGUACUAGCUCUCAUUCCAAUCAAUACUUGUCAACUCUCAGAAGCAUUUUUAAAUCAAACCAUGGUGGAUAUAGCGUUGUUUAAAAUAUUUAUGAUUGCCUAUGAUUUCCUCUUGAUGUAUUAAAGUAUUUGAAUCUUAAAUUUGGCCACAGAUGACCCAACCAGCUUUGUUCAUUUUUGUGCCCCUCACUUUUAUUGUGUGUUAUUGGUUUUUGUACUCUCUGAACAUUGAUGUUUUUCUGCCACCACAGUCAGAUGAGAGAUCACAUCUGAGUCACCUUCAGUUAUUAGUUUGAGCUCUGAGCUUAACAAGCAGCAAGAAGACUUUAUUUGAUAAUGGGGUUUUUACCUCUCAGACUACAUACAU